CAGUUGAUCCUAGUACUUCAACGCAAUACCCCGCUGCUGCACUGUGUCUUUAAGACAUUCAACUGCAUGUAGCAAGCCUUCACUCAGCCAUUUACAAGCGCGAGCACUUCAGAGAGUAGACACUGAUAAAGCACCGCAAUAUAGAUGGAAUUGUAAUAAUGGAAUACCACUGGGUACUGUUUUCUGUCUUGUUGCAGUUAACCUUCCAAACAGGCAGCUCCAGGCCCACCAUCACCCCCAGCAACCCCUACCUGGUCAUUCCACUCAAUGCCCCCUUCAGUCUGCGUUGCCAGGGUGACCAGGUGAUGCGGUGGCAGAGGGAGGACCGUCCAAAGCUGAGGGGCGAGGUGCGGAGUAAUGGGGCGUCCGACCUGGACAUCCCCAAAGCUCAGCCUGUCCACAUGGGCCGAUACAUCUGCCUGGAGGAGAGCAGCGGAGAGCAGAGCUCUGUCUACGUCUUUGUCAAAGAUCCUGAUAAUGCCUUUAGAAAGACUAUGGUGUUCAGUAUCCUAACUCGUGCGGGAGACAGCGCCUCCAUCCCCUGCCUAGCAACUGACCCGGGCGUGGUCAACCUGAGCCUGGAGCCGUGUCAAGGCGGUGCCCUCCCUACUGGCCUCCACUAUGUUGCCAGCCUGGAGCGGGGCAUGGUUAUCUUCGACACUCAGAAGGCCUUCGAGGGCUGUUAUAUCUGCACUGGCAGACUUGGCAGCACCCACGUUAAAUCACAUCACUAUGAUCUGAUUGUGCGCCCAGUCCCAGACGCGGCCCCUGUGAUUGAGAUGCGGGAACCCAAGAGGGUGAUCCUGACACGGGGCCAGACUCUUACCCUGACCUGCAGCACCACCAACGUCAACGGAGACAUCAAGCUGAAGUGGGCCGCACCGCCCGGCACGGAUGCCGUGUGGGCUUCGUAUCCACAGCAACCGGCGGUGGAGAAUGCCUCACGCAUCCUGACUGAGCCCAUCAAACACGUCCGUAGCGCUAGGCUCUACAUCAACUCUGUCAGGGCACGGGAUUCUGGGAGAUAUCGAUGUGAGGGUCAGAAUGAGAAGGGGAUCAACUCUGAGUCAAUCUGGCUGGACGUCUAUGAUAGAGGAUUCAUUCAUCUGACUCCGUCAGACAACGGCACAGUGCGUGUUCGUGCUGGUGAGAGUCUGUCCCUGCAUGUGGACAUGGAAGCCUACCCCAAACCACACACCUUCACCUGGAGCUUCUCAGGCCAGCAGCUCAGGAACACCUCUGACCAUGUCAUCACCACACAGAACCACCAACAUAGGUACAACAUUGUGCUGAGGCUGGUGCGUUUGAAAAUGUCAGAGAGUGGAGUCUACACCUUUUAUGCCUCCAAUGGUGACGCAUCAGUCAAUCAGUCAUUUUCAGUCUACGUAAUCAGUAAACCAGAGAUUGUAUCUCACGAGGGCCCGGUGGACGGACAGGUGCGAUGUGUAGCUAAGGGAUACCCCGCCCCACAGAUCACCUGGUACUACUGUGAACAGCCCUAUAUGAGGUGCUCCCACCAGAUGAAUGCCACUCAGGAGGAGCAGGACAUUGUCACAGUGACAUUGUUGAGUCCCUCCUUUGGGAAGACGGAGGUGGAGAGCAGGCUGAACAUCACCACGGGAAGAUUCCACACGUUGGAGUGUGUGGCCACCGUGGAGGGAGAGCAGGCCUACACACUGUUCUCUAUCAGUGAGAGAACAGUGCCUCAUGAGCUCUUCACCCCUCUGCUGAUUGGCUUUGUGUCAGCAGCAGCCCUCCUCUGUGUCAUCCUCAUAGUGCUCUUCUACAAGUACCUGCAGAAACCCAAAUACCAGAUCCAGUGGAAAGUCAUUGAAGGUAUCCACGGAAACAACUAUGUGUAUAUUGACCCUACCCAGCUCCCAUACGACCACCAGUGGGAGUUCCCCCGGGACAAACUGCGUUUCGGGAAAACGCUGGGCUCCGGAGCCUUCGGGAAGGUGGUGGAGGCUACUGCUUAUGGAAUGUCCAAAGCUGAUACAGUGAUGACAGUGGCAGUCAAAAUGCUCAAACCCAGUGCCCAUGCCACUGAGAAGGAGGCGCUGAUGUCAGAGCUGAAAGUUCUCAGUUACCUCGGAAACCACAUGAACAUCGUCAACCUGCUUGGAGCCUGUACUGUUGGAGGCCCAACCCUGGUGAUCACAGAGUACUGCUGCUUUGGUGACCUCCUGAACUUUCUGAGAAGGAAGAGAGAGACGUUCUUUUGCUCCAAGCUCGGGGACGACUGCUACUACAGGAAUGUCAUGCUGCAGAGGGGAACAGCUACAGCUGGAGACAGCAGGAAUGGCUACGUGGAUAUGAGGCCUUCUGUCACUGGCGUCCUGCCAAAUGGCUUCUCCUCAGAGAAGAGGCGCUCGAUGCGCAAAGCAGGUGGUUCCAGUAGUGAGCCAGAUGUUGUGAGUGAGAUGCUCCAUGAGGACGGUCUCUCUCUGGACACAGAGGAUCUGCUCAGCUUCUCCUAUCAAGUGGCCAAAGGCAUGGACUUCCUGGCUUCCAAAAAUUGCAUCCACAGAGACCUGGCAGCCAGGAACAUUCUCCUGACCCAGGGACGAGUGGCAAAGAUCUGUGACUUCGGCCUUGCUCGUGACAUCACCACUGACUCCAAUUAUGUAGUCAAAGGCAAUGCUCGUCUCCCAGUCAAGUGGAUGUCUCCGGAGAGCAUCUUUGAGUGUGUGUACACAUUUGAGAGUGACGUGUGGUCCUAUGGCAUCUUGCUCUGUGAAAUCUUCUCACUCGGAAGCAGUCCAUAUCCUGGGAUACCUGUGGACUCAAAGUUCUACAAAAUGAUUAAGGAAGGAUACAGAAUGGAUGCACCAGAGUUUGCACCGAGUGAAAUGUAUGAGAUAAUGAGGUCGUGCUGGGAAGCGGACCCCUUUAAGAGACCCUCCUUCAGCAAGGUGGUGGAGAGGAUCGAAAAACAGCUGUCAGACACCACCAAACACAUCUAUCUGAAUUUCAGCUCCAAGUUUCCGGUUACAAUAGGGCCCCAGGGUACCAGUGUGGACCAGGGGACACAGAACGCCAACGUCCUGCGUCUCAACUCGGUGGGCAGCAGCAACGCCUCCACUCAGCCUCUAUUGGCCAGCGCCAGCGACGACGUCUUCCUGGAGGAGAUGGGCACCAGGCUCAGGGUCCACCGGGUGUAAGGCCACGCCCCCAUGAUGGCUGCCCCAUAAAGUGCCUGUUUAGUGCAGCCCAAACACCCCACCACACCUAUCCCAACCAUAUACUAUGUCUAGCAAUUAGCUUUCCCCUUCAGACAGAGGCUUGAAGAAGGACGAGGUCCUCUCGAAACCUCUGCUCCUGGCGCUUUUAGUGCAUGGACGAGACCUGUCACCCACUGUCUCCAUAGUAUCUGGUCCUGUCUCUCACAAGCUUGGAUAUAGUCACACUGUCUUUACUCUCCAGGCCAUUGAGCUACUGUGUAUCACGUUUGUGCUGUUAGAAAUGGACAGUGUAUUUUAUAGCUCCGGAGCAGUGCUUUUUUCUGUGGACUUUUGUCAAUGUUGCUUUCACCGUUUCUAAAUAUGUUUCAUACAGUGUUUAUGUUUGCUUCACAUUUCUGUUGUCAAUGUUAAACUGAAUGACUAUGUUUUUGUUGUCGUUUUGAAUUACGUUUUUUAUCUCAAACUAAAUCAUAUAGCAUGUUUAAUGAUUGGAGCACAAUUAUUAUUUGAGGUGGAGGCACUUAAAUUUGAACAUCAUUCCAGAUGUAGAUAUCAUGUAAUGAAGCUUUCACCUUUUGUCUGCUCCACCUUCCACCCUUUAAGAAUUAAUGUCAGUAUUAUUCCACAUGUUCAGUUUUGGUGACUAUGUGACGGAGAGACAUUCUGUCAGACGUUUCUAGGGCCAAUGGUUUAAAUGAUAUUCAGUGGGCUUAUCACUUGAUUAGAUUGAGAUGUUUUAAGUAUGGUACUAUGACUUCCGCUUUUAGUUGAUGUCCCUGUGUAUAUAUGUACAUAUUGACCUUGGGUAUGACUAGUAAUAAGUGUAUGAUGUGAGAGGUAGCAUUAGCUUAGAUUCCGCCUGGGAGGUUGCCUGCUGGAGAUUUCUUGUAAAUAUGUAAAUAUGCUUCUGGUGUCGGGCACCUCUUCUGUCCUGUAGCGUAUGUGUGACCCUUGUUUACAUUUGUCAUCAGACAGGUACUGCUGUAUCACCGGGGUGUUUGCUUAGUACUGUCUCCAAAGACGGGGGGAGGCUGAAACAGUGCAUGGUUAUAAUGAGCAUACUGUACAAGGAAACAGGCGAUCACUCUUCAAGGUAUUAGCCAUUUGAUCUUUUCUACUCAUACAGAUUGUCAAAGAAGGCUUUCUAUUUUGAGGUAAAGCCAGCGAUGCUUGUUUCAAAUGCCAAUGUGGAGCUUGCAGUACAGACCGACAACCGUUAAGCUAACGGUUCUGAGAAAAAGCCCAUUUGAAAGUUAGAUGUUAGAGGUGUUUAGUCAGACCAGGUCAGACCAGGUCAGACCAGACAUGUCUUAUAGCUCCCAACAGUCCUGUGGAUAGUAGCGUCAGUGCUCCCGUCCCAGCAGUCAGUAGCUGAUUUCUCAGCCAUCCCUCUACUCUUUGUGUCCAGCUGCUUCCUCUGACGGAAGUGCUACUUCCAACAUCUCUCAACCAGGGCUCUGUAUCACUCCAGACUCCCAUCACUAGGACUUCCCUCUUCCCACACUGAGAUAUUGUUGUGAAGAGCACCUGGAAAAUGCUGUCUGAAUGACUGAAAGGGUGUGUGUGUGUUUGUGUUUGUGUGUGUCUGCAUGUGUGCGUCUGUGUGUCUGCAUGUGUGCUAUUUGUAGGUGCCACUGAAUUAAAUGUAUGAAAUUUACCCAACUGUUCAACCCGGUCCUUCCCAAAGCUGGAUAUUUGUAAAUAUGUGUGUGAAUACAAUGUAAGUAAUGUGGAUGCUGUCUUAAUGUUUCAUUUGAUUUUCUAUUGAUAUGGUACAUUUAAUGCACAACUCUGAUAUGCUGUAAUAUGAAAAAUGUCUUACCAGAAAUAGAUACACAGAUACGUACACCCACAUAAUAUUUACUGUACAUCUUCUUCUUUGGAGAUAAGCUGCUUGUUUUUCUGUAGAUGUGGUAACUACUGUAAACGUACUGUUCCUGUACUGUACAUAGUCUUUGUUUGGGCUUUGCUGUAGAAUGUAUUAUUCCUUGUGUAGUGUCAUUUUCCCAUUGGCUUGGCACUAACCAUUGCAUUCUGUCUUCAACAAGCAAGCCAACACAUUUAUUUCUUUUUAAACGCUUAUGGACAGCUUUGCCUUACAAAUCAAGUUGGUUUUCAACCCGAAAACAGGAAUGCCUUGUACUUUCAUGGAAAUGGCAAAUAUUGUCUAAUUUUGCUAAUUACAAGAAAGGACAAGUAGAACUGUAGGGCAAUAACUUACAUCAAUACUCUGCUCUUUCCCUUAUGCCACGUAGAAUAGGAAACAUAAAAAUAGGUAAUUACACAGUAAUAACACUGAGGUUACAUGGUUAUAUCUGUGCCAUGCAUCACGCUGUUAAAAAGCACAAUCAAAAUAUUGUCUGAUUAUCCCUAACAAUUUUACUCUAUAACGGCUGACGGCUGAUACAAUAUGACGGCUGAUACAAUAUAACGGCUGAUACAAUAUGACGGUUGUUUUAGAAAUGUUAGAACAUUUGUAUAUUUCCCUAUACAACGUUUAUUUUGUGCAUUUAGUUGUAUAUUUAUUUUACUAGAGGCAAUGUUUGUUGUGCACAUUUGCAAUGAUGAAAUAAAAUAAACGCA